GGCAUAUUAGUAAUUAGUGAUCGAUGUCUCAGUCUGCAUCUAACAUAUGUGCUGAUCCAUUUCACUCGCUCCACUUUGCUCACUGUCUGCUCUCUUUUUGUUUCCUCCUCUGCAACCACUCCUCCGCUAGAUCUGAUCCGGAUUUGUUCAGUGUGAGAGCAUGGGCCGUGGAGUUAGCAGUGGUGGAGGACAGAGUUCACUGGGCUAUCUGUUUGGCAGUGGAGAGGCACCACCAAAACCAGCCGCUGAAAAUCCCCAACCGACCAUAAAUGAAGGCCAGGCUGCUGUAAACAAUGGUCCUCCUUCCAAGCCUGCUGCGCCUCCUUCAAAACCAGUAGAUGUCGCCAAGCAGAUCCCAGCUGGUAUCAACAGCACUUCUUCAAACAACUAUAUGCGGGCCGAUGGUCAAAAUGCUGGCAACUUCCUCACGGAUCGGCCAUCAACCAAGGUCCAUGCUGCCCCUGGUGGUGGAUCUUCUCUAGGUUACCUCUUUGGUAACGGUGGUGGUAGUGGUAACUGAGAUAUUCUGUCAUCUCAAGAAUGAAACCAUAUCUUUGUAAUGGAAGUAUUGGUUGUUGAUUUUUGUUGAACAUGACGUUUGGAAGAGGUAAUGCCUUCGUCUUUGAUAUAAACAAUGGAAAGCUGUUGCAUCAUGUUGUGUAAUAUAUAGUUGUUGUGAAUGAUGGUGGUUUGGAUUUUAUUCAAACAAAGGGCACUAACUUUAGAUGCUCAAAGUUGUAUUUUGCUAAUGGUUAGUUCUGUUUUACCUUA